AUGGGACCAAAAAGAGGUAAACAAGUAAAGAAUAAUAGUAGAAAGAAAAAGGCAGAAGAGGAGAGUGAAAAUGAAUCCGAUGUAAAUGAAGAAGAGGUUGUACAACCUGAGGAUGAAGAGAUGAAAGAGGAUGUUGAUGAUAAGAAGAACAAAAAGAAUACUCCAAAUAAGAAACAAAAGACAUCUGCGACAAGUUCUGUUGUUCCAACUUCACCUUCUACUGGUAGGCCAAAGAGAGCUGCCGCUGUAGCCGCUGCCACUAAGAAGGCAAAGUUACAACCAGAUACAGAGCCAUCCGAUGAUGAAUCUGACAAUGAACAAACACCAUCAGAAUCAGAAGAGGUAGCUAGCAGCAGUGAAGAUGAAGAAACAAACAACAGCAAGAGAAAGAAGACAACAACAAAGAAACCAACUUCACCGGCCAAGAAGAAGCCAGCUGCCAAUAAGAAGAAACAACCAACUUCACCGGCCAAGAAGAAACCUGCUGCUGCUGCUAAAUCAAAGAAAGUAGAGCCGGAAGAAGAACAAGAAGAGGAAGAAGAAGAAGAAGAACAACCAAAGAAGAAUGUAAAAGGAAAAGGAACAAAACAACAGCCACAACCACCAAAACCCAAACCACAAGCAACAAAGAAGAGAAAAGCAAAUGUUAGAACAACAGAAUCAGAUGAGGAUGAAGAAAUAAAUUAUGAUGAAGAAGAAGAGGAGGAACAAGAAGAAAUAGAGAUGGAAUUUAAAAAACCUACGACACCAACCAAGAAGAAACCAGCAGCAGCAGCAGCAGCAAAAGCAUCGUCAUCACAAAGUCAGUCAUCUCGAAAGAAAUCCGGAACUCAAAGUCAAUCCAGUCAAACUCCCAAAUCGAAAUUAAUAUCUUUCGAGCCAAGCAAACUAAAGAAAGCAUUCAACCUCAAGAAAUUGAAUGUCGAUCGUCUCAACGACGAAGAAUAUCUCAAACCUGAACAACCAGUUGAUAAACUAAUUAAAAGAUUAACCGAACUCUUCAAGGCGUAUGUUAGGGAGAUGGUCGGUGGUAGCAGUGAAUCCGAGUUGAAAUCGCGAAAGAAUGAGAUUAUCUUGCAUCUCCACAAGUAUCAUAGAACGUUCCUCGAGGAGAACGGUAUCUUUGACUUGGCCAUAGAUCUGCUGAAUCCCGACGCCAAGAUUCGUAAGCAAUGCGUGGUGAUAGUGUCGCAUUUGUUCUCGAGUGAACCGCAUCUCGAUGAAGUGUACUCGGAUCUGUUUGUCAGAUUCCUCAAGCGUUUCCUAGACACUGAGAAACGUAUCCGUAUGAUCAUGUUGGAGUUUGCCAAUAUAUAUCCGGUCGACUCGACCUACAGUGACAUUGUGCUCGACUAUUUGAUAUUCCGUUUGAAGGACACGGAAGCCGAUAUUCGUGCUAUGACAAUCCAGCCGGUCUGCGAGUACAUCAUCAAGCGAACGAAGCUGUUGACGCCAAAGAUGCUGAAGAACUUUUACGAUCGUGUGCGUGACAAGGACAGCAACGUUAGAAAGCGCGCAGUAGUAACACUCUCCAAGGUGUGGAAAGCGUUGCGUGAGAAGAACGGACCGAUCGAGGACUGGCCCGCUCAUCUCACCGAGUGUUUCGACUGCAUUCCAAACGUGUUGUUCUCGUGUCUGUCGUUGCACGACGACGAUCGUUUCCGUCUGGAGGUGGCAGUUGAUACCAUCUUGCUCGAGUGCUACGAAGCGCCAAACGAACGUACCGAAAAGUUCAUGGAGAUCUACAGCUAUCUCGAUAAUAAAUCGAAGGAGUAUCUCUUUUCCUACCUCGAGAGGAAGCGUGUCGUUCUCAAGGAGUUUCUCCAGCUGGUUGAGGUGUACGAGGAGAGUCCCGACGACAAGAAGCUCAUCGAGAAACACAUUGGCUACGUCGAUAACUUUAUUCCGCGUUACUCCAAUGAGAAUACCAAGACUCUGUUGAAACAACUACUACAGCCAUCCAACAAGAAGACACUGGCGCUUCUCAAGGACAUCAGUGACCACAACACAUCGCCACAGGAGCAAUACAAGAUAAAGGUAGCCAUUCUCGAGAAGGCAUCGAAAUCCGAAGGAGUAUUCUCUGAAUUCAUCAAAUACUUUGCUUUCCUACUCAACUAUACAUUCAUUUCAAAGUACACUUUAGAGUUCAUCUUGGAGUCUGUAGUCAACGAUCUACCAGAUCCAGGAAGUUCAACAUUCGACGAGAAACGAUAUCUUAAAGAAAAGAAAAAGACAUCCGACGAUUUAAAUAAUUCUAUUGAAAUAUUAUUGAGAGUAUCAAAGAUUUCACCUAUUCUUUUUGAAAGUAAUGCAGACAAGUUGAUCAAUUUACUGUUCCACUCAAAGACAAUCUCCGAUAAUUUCGUUGAAAUCAUUAAUAAUGUUGUUGAUUACUUACCGAAACUAUCAAAGUCACCAUUAAAGAAACUUCAAACAGCUUUAACUCAUCUUUGUCAAAUUGGUGAACCAAAGAUUGUAAAGAAAUCAUUUAGAAUUUUGGUAAAGUUGACUUUGAAUAAGGAAGAGUUGAGUAAGAUCAUUUCGGAUUUGGCAGAGCAGUUGGUUUCGACAUUGGAGAAACCAAAGAAUGUCAUUGCAACUCUGACAUGUCUUGGUCUCAUUGCCAGAGAUCAUCAUACGUUGAUCGAUAGUGAGAUGUACGAGUUGAUCGAGAUCUUUGUUUACAAGGGUGUGAUGACUGGCAAAUCAAAGGUGGAAGUGAAUCUAAAGGAGCAAUGGCGACACCUGGAUGUACAGUAUUCAAAGGAGGUGCUGCUCAAACUCUACGGAAUCUACUACCUCGGUAACUACUUGCGUGGUCUACCAUCGAAGCUGGUAACUCGAAAGACGUACGAGUUGGCAACAGUUGCGACACACCGACACACUGCAACACCGAUUCUUCCACAAACUCGACAAGUCGGUGCGACUCAACCGUAUUCCGCUGCGUUUCAUGGCGGCGUUUGGACUGACCGCGCAACAGCCAAACAGUCUUGUCAACAUGGUCAAGAAGCAGGUGUCUUCGAUCAUCAAGAUGAAGCGUAUGACGAUCGCGCGUCUCAGUUCUACCACUAA